GUUUCUUCGCUUUAAGAUUAUCAAACAUAAAAAAAAAAGCAUUUAGACCCAAAGUCCUCUGUACAAAUUAGCUGUUAUGAUGAUGUCCGUUCAAGUUCUUUUCGUUUCAAGUUUACUGCUAUCCGUAUUUUUUGGUACUAGCGAUUGUGAAAUGAAACUAGAGGAAGGUGACAUUGCUGUGUUUUUUGACCCCGAACAAACACGGAUGAAUUGUGUGAAGAUUCAUGGAAAUAAUCGGAACCUCGGGGUGGGCCAAUUGGUAGAAAAAAUGUCACCGGGGCACCCGGACUACAGACAAUUUGUAGGUAAAGCUAAGCCAGACGGGACGUAUAGUAAUGCAGACUCAGACGAAAUAUGGCGCAUCAUUGACAAUUACUACACAUCAUUAUUUUUUCCCCUCAUCAUAAAAUAAUAUUAUUUUACGA